AUGGCCACCUUCCGUGCUCUUGUUUCUUUCUUCAGCAUUGUCGUGGCAUUCUUCACCGUCGCACUCUCUUCUCCGAUCCAACGGCGCGACGUCUGGGUGCCAAAAAUUCUAUACCCACGCGCGAAUAUCGUAUGGAAAAGUGGAUUCAAGCACAACGUUACGUGGGACACGUCCAGUCCACCUGCGAACGUGACAAAUCCGACUGGCAGGAUCCAGCUCCGCCAUAAUGGAACAACUUCUUCUACCGUCUUGGCCGAGGGAUUCAACCUCACCGACGGACGUCAUGAGAUCACGGUGCCCUUCGUCAGCCCUGGCUGCGACUAUCAGAUCGUUCUCUUCGGUGAUUCAGGCAACUUCAGCCCGUCGUUUAUGAUCGCCAGCGAGGGUGACUGA